AUGCAACUAUACCAGGUGAAAACAUCUCACUCACACAAAGGACCUUAUGACUUUGAUCUUCUUGUUCCCAUUCAAGAGCUUGGGGAUGGCAAAUCGGGAGCUGUGUGGACCAUGAAGUUUUCGCACUGUGGCCGAUUGUUGGCGACAGGCGGACGCGACGGAGUGCUGAGGGUGUGGGUGGUGAAGGAUGCCUACAACGUUUUCAAUGAGAUGAGGAUGAAGUACAAUGAUGCUGGUCAACUAACAAGAACGCCAAGUAGUCCCAUCUUGUUGGAUGCUGCACUUGACGAGGUUGGUCAUUUCUCAUUGGCAGUUGAUGAUAACGAAGCUGACAACACGUUUGUGCCAUUCUACAAGAAACCCUUCUGUUCUUACAAAGGUCACUCAGCUGAUGUCCUUGAUGUCUCCUGGUCCAAAAAUUACUUUCUGUUAUCUUCCUCAAUGGACAAGACGGUGAGAUUGUGGCAUGUUUCAAGGAGGGAGUGCCUCUGUUGCUUCCAACAUAUUGAUUUUGUUACUGCAAUAUCAUUCCAUCCAAAGGAUGACAGAUACUUUCUCAGUGGUUCCCUAGAUGGAAAGUUGAGGCUCUGGAACAUUCCUGACAAGAAAGUUGCCCUUUGGAAUGAAGUUGCAGGUCCAACGAAACUCAUAACAGCAGCAAAUUUUUGUUUGAAUGGAAGAUUUGCAGUUGUAGGUACAUAUGAUGGCAGAUGCAUAUUCUACAACUCGGAACAGCUGAAGUACUUCACUCAAAUCCACGUUCGAUCGACCAGAGGAAAGAAUGCUCGAGGCAGGAAGAUCACCGGUGUUGAACCUUUCCCUGGCGAGGACAAGAUACUAGUGACGUCAAAUGAUUCAAGAAUACGCCUGUACGACCUUAGGGAUUUGACCUUGACCUGCAAAUACAAAGGUGUCAUAAACAGCACCAGUCAAAUUAAAGCCAGCUUUAGUCACGAUGGCAAAUACGUCGUGUGUGGAUCUGAGGAUCACUUUGUGUACAUAUGGAAGACUCAACACGAAUUCUAUAAAUUUUCUUCGGCCAGAAGAGAUCGCAAUGAUUAUUGGGAAAGCAUCAAAGCACACAAUGCAGUGGUCACCAACGCCAUAUUCGCCCCGAACCCAGAAGCCAUCAUCAAGCCACAGUUUGAAUUUGUUGAUCAGGAUGAUAAAGACAAUUCGAGAGGUGGCUAUUGUGAAGUUUUGGUCUCUGCAGAUUACUCGGGCCACAUCCGUGUUUUCAUCAAUAAGUUCAAGCCUCCUGCUACCUGAUGCCUGGACCUCUCAUAGCUAUCGGAUAGAUACUAUUGCAGUUUUGCU